AUGACAGAAUACGAGAAAUUGAAUCAUAUGCGAAGACUAUCUGAGAACCACCCGUUCAACCACAAAACUUACUAUUUGCCGCAUCAUGGUGUACUGAAGCCGGACAGCACUACUACCAAGCUACGGGUAGUAUUUAACGCGUCAAGCCCCUCAUCCUCAGGACGAUCAUUAAAUGACAUAAUGCAUACAGGAGCAAAUCUAAAUCCAGACAUUCUCGGCGUACUAAUCUGGAUACGCAGACACACGCAUUUAUUCUCCACAGACAUCACGAAGAUGUACAGACAAAUACUGGUCCACCAAGACGAUUGGGAUCUACAGCGAAUCUUAUGUAUGGACGAACAAGGCAACGAAGUCAUUUACCAAUUGACAACAGUCACAUACGGAACCAGAGCAGCCCCAUUCUUGGCUGUGCGAACACUCCUCCAACUCAUAGAUGACGAAGGAGACAAUUACCCACUCGCUAUACCUUCUCUCAAAUACGGAAGAUACGUAGACGAUAUCUUUGGAGGUGCAGACAAUCUAAACCAAUUAGUGGAAACAGCAACACAGUUACGGGAUCUCUGCACGGCGGGCGGAUUCCCAUUGACAAAAUGGCACUUCACUAACGAAGAAGUAAUCACCGCAAUGAAGACACAACAAAAUCCUGAACAGCCAGUAAACUUAAGCGAAAAUACUACCAAAAUUCUAGGACUACAAUGGAGAUCACACGAAGACGUUUUCACAUUCUCAACAACAUUGGCCCCUCACGCAACUACCGUCUCAAAGCGCACCAUCCUCUCUGACAUUGCAAAAAUAUUUGAUCCAUUGAGAUUCACAUCACCAGUAGUAAUACGAGCCAAGAUACUACUUCAAGAACUAUGGCUUCACACAGUCAGAUGGGAUGAACCCCUCGCAAACGAAGUCAUCAACCGAUGGCACACCAUCAGAAUGGAGCUACAAUGUUUGAAUGAAAUAACCAUACCUCGAUGGUUCAAAACAGAAGAAUCAUCCAUGAUAGAACUACAUGGAUUUGCUGACGCGUCACAACUAGCAAUAGCUACCGUCAUUUACAUGGGUCAAUCAUACGGAGGUUUUUAG